AUCCCCAAAGACCCAGCGCAGAGGUGGGUCCGGGAACUUGCCAUGCUGAGCAAGCAGCUGCAGCGGGUUCACCCCAACGUCCUGGCCAAAGUGCUCAAGAAGGAAACCGUGUACCAAAACGAGGAGAUUGUGGUGAUCAACAAACCCUACGGCCUCCCCGUGCACGGUGGCCCCGGGGUCAAGAAUUGUAUCGCUGAUGUGCUGCCGAUUUUGGCCAAGAUGUUGGAAAACAUGAAAGCUGAACCCCUCCACCUCUGCCACCGGCUGGACAAAGAGACCACAGGCGUGAUGGUGCUGGCACGGAGCAAGGAGGCAGCGGAGAGGAUCCGGCUUCUCUUCAAAACCCGCCAGGUGGAGAAGAUCUACUGGGCAAUUAGCCUGGGGGACCCAGACCCCACCGAGGGCAUCGUGGAGAUCCCCAUCGUGGAGAAGGAGGUGCAGAGCCACCAGUCACACUACAAGAUGACGCUGGCCCCCAACUAUCGUCUGUCUCCGGAGGAUGGGAAGGUGGUCAAAAUCCGCAAGAACCGCAACGCCGAAAGCGCCGUGACGCGGUACCGCCUUCUGGCCAGCUCUUCCGCCUGCUCUCUGCUUGAGCUCCAGCCCAUCACGGGGGUGAAGCACCAGAUCCGAGUUCACUUGGCCUAUGGCUUGGGGUGUCCCAUCCUGGGGGAUCACAAAUAUUCGCACUGGAGCAAGUUGGCACCCCAGAAGCUUCCUGAAAUCACCUUGAGGAGGCUGAAGCUGGAGCAGAGGAAGGCUCGCCACCUCCCCCUCCACCUCCACGCCCACCCGCUGUUGGGGGAGCGAAUAGACCUCGUCUGCAAGCCGCCCUUCUUCUUCCAAAAAACUCUGAAGAAGCUGGAGCUGGACAUCGCUAAGGACUAA